AUGGCGGGUAUAGUCCCCUCAUCGGACGACAUGACUGCAUUCUUACAGCGCUACCAACAGCAAGGUCUGGCGGCGGCGCUUAAAGAGUUCAGCACUACCAUCGCCCAUGAUCCAAACUUCUCCGAGGCAAGGCCGAACAACAAGAUGAACAAAGCGCCGGUGAAUGAAUACGCCUCCCAGGGUAUCGCGCUGAUCGUUGGCCCAGAACGAGUCCGCAUGAUGGUUCAUGAAGCCGUGUUGACCAAGCACCCAAACUGCUUUGCAAAGCUUCUCACGGAAACCCGGCGCCUUUCUCAUGAGGAAAACAGGCUCACAGUACCAGAUGAGAAACCCCAAGACGUUCAGAUGCUUCUCUCAUAUCUGUACGCUGGCGUGUUGGUGUUUCCCACGGGGCGACCAACCCUUGAAGAAAUCAUCGACUGCCACGUCCUUGCAGUCAAGUACUCUGUGAGCAAGAUGGCCGACUGUGCCACCGAUCGUGCAAAGAGCUCGUUGGGUAUUGAUGCAGGCACUGGGUAUAUCCAGUGGUCUCAUUUCAGGCAGUUGGAGGAAGCGGGGCUGCGAGGUGGGAAGAUGUGGCGGGAACUUCUGGGGUGUUUAUGCACCCAGUUCCUUGACAAAGGUUUAAUGGAUAUUGUGAGCCUUCCUCAGGACUAUCUGGAGUUCGAGACUGGCGUUGCCAUGGACUUGCUACGUACAAUUUUCAAUCGUUGGGGAUUUGGAUCAGCCUCAUUAGUGUCUCACGUCACAGCUCGACCUGAAGUUCCAAAAUAUGACAACAAAGCAUCUGACGGGAGCCGGAACGACAAUGGAAAUUAUACGAGCUCGAUCGGCUACGAGCCUCACCAGAACAGUAAUCCUACGGCUCAGCCGGACCACAGCAAAUCAUUUGUUCAAUCCGCCUGGCCAAAUACCGAAUGGGGUCGACCAUGUGCUGGACCAUACCAAGAAACCACUUCUGACUGGCUGCCCCCAAUAGCUGCCCAGAACGCAGGCUGGGAUUGA